CCGAGUUGUCGGCCUAAUGCCACCGUCAACCGCAGUUAUGAGAAGCCAGCAGCCAACGCCACAUCAACAGCCAUCUCGUGUUGUAAUGUUAGUCGGCAGUGAGCGUCAACAGGAUCACGCAGCCAGUUUUAAGUGUUGUGUGUGCGAUGGGGCACCCUCGAUUAGUGACUGUCAAACUUUCAAUGAGUCAAUGAGUGCUCGUGAUCGUUGGGAAAAGGUGAAAUCCCUGCAGCUUUGUUUCUCGUGUCUGCGUAAAGGACACAACACGUCUAACUGCCGUUCAAAAAAGUUGUGUGACGUUAACGCCUGCCGCCGCUAUCAUCAUCGAAGUUUACAUGAAGCCUCGACUUCAACUUCUGCGCCGCCCACAGCUCAAAGUCGAGCUGCAACUCAGCCUGUACUUAAUUGCAGAGUAGCCAAACAUCGAAAUAGCCAGUUUUUUAAAUAUGUGCCAGUAUCGCUAUUCGGACCGAAUGGUAAAGAAGAAGUUUAUGCCAUGGUUGAUGAAGGAUCAGCUAUAUCACUACUAGAAGAUAGCGUAGCAACAAGAUUGGGUCUCAAAGGACGUAAGCAACCCCUGACUUUACAAUGGUCUGGACAAAGGUGUAGGACUAACUGCCGUUCAAAAAAGAAGAUAGCGUAGCCACAAGAUUGGGUCUCAAAGGACGUAAGCAACCCCUGACUUUACAAUGGUAUGGACAAAGGUGUACGACUGAAGAGUCGUCAAAAGUGAGUGUUGAAAUACAGGGCAAAGUACAACAGCGACGUAUACGCUACGAAAUAUUUGCACCAUUCGUAACCUCGAUUUACCAGAACAGUCCUUCCGUAAAGCAGAUUAUAGCCAUUUGAAGAUUUUGCCCUUAGAAGAUUAUCAUCAAGUCAAACCAUCGUUGCUGUUCGGUUUAGACAAUACGUAUUUAAGUGUGCCGUCUACAACAGAACAAGUUGGCAGCGGAAACCCAGUAGCUAUUAAUACAAAGCUGGGUUGGAUAGCCUACGGUUCAACCCGAUCGCCAACAACAGCGCCUGUGGUACUACA